AUGAGGGAGCAUGUGAUGAAAAUAUUGAUCGUGGGAGACGGAAAUGUUGGAAAAUCGUCUUUUGUCGAUCGAUACGUCCUUGGCCAGUUCAGCGGGAGAUACAAGAUGACUAUGGGAGUUGACUUCUCGUUGAAGAUCUUGCACUGGUCUGAGAGGGAGAAGGUCAGGCUGCAGCUGUGGGACAUAGCAGGGCAGGAGCGGUUUGUCUCCAUGACUCGUAUCUACUACAGAGGUGCGGUGGGGUGUGUGAUGAUCUUUGACUUGAGCGACUCCAGGAGUUUCCUCAACUGCAGACUCUGGAAACAGGACCUGGAUCUGAAGUCGGUGCUCCCCAACGGACAGCCCCUGCCCUGCAUCCUGCUGGCCAACAAGAGUGACUUGAGCGCGAGAGUCGUGGCCACAGACACCAUCGAGGAGUUCAGUAAAGCAAACGGGUUUAUCGCCUGGAUGGAGACUUCAGUGAAGAAGAAUACGAAUAUUGAGGAGGCUAUGAGAAGGCUGGUGCAGGAGAUUUUGUCGCUCCAGUUCUGUUUGGACCCAGACCUCUCUGACCCUACAGACCUGCUGAAGCCUCAGUCUGAGUCAGGGCAGACCCCCGGACACUGCUGCUGA